AUGCAUUUGGGAGCAGAAAGGGGACAUUCAGAGAUGCUUAAAGAUAUUAGAAAAUUUGUUCGAACCUGUGAAGUUUUCCAAAAGAAUAAAUCUAAUAAUUCAGCUUAUAAGGGUCUGCCUCAGCCCUUAGAAAUUCCCAAUCGAUUUUGGGGAUCAGUCUCCAUGGAUUUCAUUGAAAGUUUGCCUAAGUCAAAAGGUAAAAGUGUUAUAUUCGUGGUAGUUGACAAAUUAUCUAAAAUGUCUCACUUUAUGAGUCUGCAAUACCCUUUUUCUUCCCGGACCGUAGCUGAAUUAUUUGUGGAUAAUGUUUCCAAACUCCACGGAAUGCCAACAACUAUCAUCAGCGAUCGGGGCAAAAAAUACAAACAACACCCUUUGAAACAAUAUAUGGAUACCCACUGUCCACAUACCGUAUGUAGCAGGAAACUCAAGAGUGGAAGAGGUGAACGUAUCAUUAACAGUCAGGGAAGCCACACUCUAAAUCAUAAAAUUCCAUUUGAAAAGAGCCCAGAAUCACAAUGCUCGGUCCAGAAGUUAUUCCACAAGUUCUCAUCAAAGUAUUUUGGGCCCUGUCAAGUGCUGGAAAGAAUUGGGAAAGUUGCUUACAAGCCGGAACUUAGGACCGACACUAGGAUACACAAUGUCUUCCAUGUCUCACAAUUAAAAUCAUUCAAAGGAACCCCUGCUGCGAUUGAAAAUAUCCCUCAGCUUAGUACACAACAAACCAGGACCGACAAAAUUAUGGAUGAACAAGACAUCAUGGUGCAUGAGAAAAUGAAAAGACAUAUGCUGAUCAAUUGGGAUGGGGCCCAAACAGAAGACCAAACUUGGGAAGAUGCUGAAGUGAUAGGCAUUCAAUGUCCGGAGAUGUUGGCAACAAGGAGGCAAACAAGACAAAAGUCUCUUCGUCGGGGUCGACGAACUUCUGAAGUUAAUAGUUUUGAAGUUUAA